UAACAUGUAGUUGUUGUCUUGUUGUCCUGCAGGUCGGCAGCCGAGUGGCAGAUCGGGUCUAUGACAUCGUCAGGACGUUUCCUCUCGCUCUGGACAUCGGAGGAGGAAAAAGUCACAUCGCAGAACAUUUAAACAAAGACGUUGUGGAGCGGUUGUUCCUGACCGACGUCUCAGAGAGAACUCUGGGACAGGGUGGACGCAGCGAGAUCCCGACACACCGCGUCCUCGCUGACGAGGAGUUUCUCCCGUUUAAAGAAAACACCUUCGACCUGGUGGUGAGCAGCUUGAG